AUGGCGGCGGCGGCAGCGGCGGCGGCUCCGGGUCCGGCUGCGGGCGGCGAGCAGCGCCCGGAUCGCGGCACCACCACCACCACCACCACCAGCAGCAGCAGCAACAGCGGCGGCACCGGCAGCAGCAGCAGCCCCGGGUCGGUGGAGCUGGCGGCGGCGCGGCGGCGGCUGGUGGCGGCGGAGGGCCGCCGUCGGGCGGCGGCGGAGCUGGAGGGCCGGGUCCGGCAGGUCCACUGCGCCCUGCGGCACGCCGAGCUCCGCCUGGCCGCCCGCGCCGAGGCCCUGGGCCGCCUGGGAGCCGGCGUGGCCCAGGCCCAGCUGGCGCUGGCCGCGCAGAGCCAGCGGCUGCAGAAGGGGCUGCGCCGCCGCCCGCGCCCCCGCCCCGCCGCGCUCCUGGCGGCCGCGCGCGCCCUCCGCAGCUGCGUCCCCUGGGCCCCCCCCGCGCGCCCCCGCCGAUCCGCCGCAGCCGCCGGCGCUGCCCGCCGCCUGCCCGCCGCGUCCCGCAGCCCCGCCUAG